UCUACGGGGUUAAGAUUAGUCGGCCGUUGAUUCACGUUAAUAGCUUUUUUUUCUCUCUUUUCUCUUUCCUGGUUUUUCUUCUGAUCUGCAAGGGAAAGGGGAGGGCAAAUGCAACGUUCCGUUUUAGUAGGACGAUGCCUGGGAACCACAAAUCCCCUUCGCUUUCUUCUCUCUUUUUACCUUCCACAGCGACGCAAACACGCUCGGAGUCCAUACCAGACGGACAAGAGCAGAGAAAGAUGGCAAGAGAACGGACAUAUUUUCGGCUGCAAUCUUCCAAUUUUUCAACUUCACUUCGUCUUUCGGAAGCCACCAUCCAUCUACCUGGUUUUGCAAGAUCUCUGGAGUCAGAAGAAUAGCAUCAUUUUUAAUUACUUACAGUUAUUACUGAGAAGGAUCUGCAUGAACUUUUUAUUCCUAUCAAUGCUCUUCCUGUUCGUGUUUCUCGUUCCUUGUUUUUCACCAAUUCUUUUUCCUCUACCGCCCCGCUCCCCCUAUCCCCCCUCUCCAUGAAACCCUGUCCCAGUGUCAGCAGCGUGCAGCAAGAUUCCCUCUUUUGUCCCAAGGUUAUUCUUUUUUUUUUAUCUCUAUACUUUGUCCU